AUGGUGGGGCCGUUAGGGCAGUACCGCUCUGGACCCCUCCAAACCGAGCCGUCAUCCGCCUUUCCCGCCGCAUUCCCCGUCGAGAUCGAGUGGGGAUUGGGCAACGAGCUUCUGAUCUGCGCUCCGGCCGCAUCCUUCGCCGCAUCUGUCGCCGCGUCUGACGGCGCGAACGACGGCGAGUUUCAAGGAAGGUCGGACGACCGGCAUGAUGACAUGGCGGGACGCGGGUCGGCUGUCGUCAGCGUGACGUGGGCUGACACGUCAUCGUUUCACCGGCAGAUCGCGGCGGGGGCGUCGUCGCUGUACGGACGACUGCAGGCGGCGAUUGCGGCGGAAAUGGAGGAGGAAGCGGACGACGUGGAGAUUGACGAGCGACGCGAGAGGUGGCGACACGUCAGCAGGUGGUCUCGCCACGUCAGCAGGCUCCUCUCGCCGCCGUCCGCCCAGUCCACGCUGGCAGCUGCGCGCGCCUCCCCCCACUCCCUUGGGAUCUCCGCCGCUGACCCGUUUGCGGGGUUAGACACCGAGGAGGAAUGGGAAGACGAGUCUGUGCCACGUGGCAUCACCCAAAGUGAGCUGGCAGCCGUCUGGGACCUCCUCCGCCUCUGCUUCCUCCCCGACCACACACCUGGCGCUGCUGACGUGGACACUGACAUGGACACUCGCAUGGGUGGCGGUGCUGACGUGGACUCUGCAUUCAGGGGAGCAAGAGGAGGAGUAGGAGGAGGUAUGAGGGGGAUGGAGGUCGGCAGCAACAGCUUCCGUGCCUCUCCCACCUCCUCCUACCCACUCCUCCUGCCUCCUCCCACUGCUGCUCCUUCUACCCCCACCUGUCAACCCUACGUCUCCUGGCUUGCUCACUACAAUUCGUCGCUACCUCCUUGCAACGCGUCCACGUCAGCAUGCCUCCGGUCCUUGCGGGAUCAGAUGAGCCAAUCAGAGGCCAUACCUCCAGAGGUUCUUGACCCCUAUUGGCCGGCUGUGGCUUCCUGCGCUGCGAUUGGCUGGAGAGACACAGCGACGGCCCUACUGCGUUGGCACUCAUCAUACCGUGAGGAUCAGGUUAUUCAGAGGGAGGCGGAGAACGGGCUGGUAGAAGCAGUGGCAGUGCUGCUGGCCGAGAUGCCCAUGCCGCUUGAGCCAAUGGCGGCGCACGACGCUGCUGAGGUGUCGGCAUACCACAGGCAUCGCGACCAUUGGCGAAACAGACUGGCUCGCCUGAAAGCCAGCCCCUUCUGGGCGGCGGCAGACGCGCCGGCCACCGAGAGGGCGCUGCUCGCCCUGCUCGACCUGCUGCUGGGGAGCUCCCGGGCCGUUGAUGACGUGGCACGCUCCCAUUGGCUGGAGCUGCUGGGGGCGCGGCUGCUGCACCAGAACCCGCAAGCGACGGCGGCAGCACAGGCAUCGCUCGCACUGCAAUGCUGGCGGGAAGCAGCAGUAGGCGGCGGUGGGAAGAGCGUGGGGGCAUCUCAGCCGUUGGAUGCUUCGGAUCUCGUCCAGCCAUCGUUGGAUCGCCUCAUGCUGGCGUCCUUAUGCCGUGAAACAGAGGUUGUGGUUUCCAUAGCAUCUCGACUCCUCCCCUCCUGGUUCCUAGUACAAGUGAUUGAGCUUCUCUCACUUCCCUCACCGUCCCUCUCCGCACUACCUGCCAAACAAGCCGCCGCUGCUGCCGCCCGAAAUGCUGCCUCUGCCGUCCGGGAGCCGUCCGCAGCAGACGGUGCUGACAUCAGCGGCCUGUCUGUUCUGGAUCUCUGCCGGGUGAACUAUGCCAUGGACCUCCUAUCAGAUGCUGCCACGUGGCAGCUCGCCCUCCCAUACCUCGCCCCAUGCCCACCAGGAGAACCCUUCAUAGAGCAAGCUCUGUUGUGCCAGCCAGUCACACCCACCACGCACACCAGCAUCGCCAAAACCCUAUUUCUCGUCGAUUCAUACGCCCCGGCCUGCUACUCCUCUGCUGCUGCCUUCUUGUCCCGGUCUGCCGCCAUGGCAUGUUGGGACUCUCGCAGCCUCGCCACAUCGCGCCACGUGGCGAGCGUCUAUUGGAUGGCGGCGGCCGGCCCGCCAGCAGCAGCGCCUAUGGACGCGCUUGUCCUUUUCCUCGCGGACGAGCUGCUGGUGCCGGCCGUCAGGGGGAGGCUGCAUCUGGUGCAGGGCGCACCUGGUUCAGGUUCAGGUGCCACACAGGGAGCAACAGCAGAUGCAGCUAGAGCAGCAGCAGCGCUGGAUGCAUUAAGGAACAGCAGUGGGUCGACGGGACAGAGUCACUCGGCUCUUGAAUACGUGCUCUCCGUGUGGGAGCUGGUUAAAGAGCUUACAGGCGGAUCAAACAUCCCAGCGUCACCCUUCUUUCCUGCCGCCGCUUCUACUCCUGAGCCAAUCCAAAGAAGCCACCUGGCAGACCGGCUAGUGCAGGCCUUGCUCCACACAUCGUCGCACUACCCUCGUGUCUUCCUCGCGCUCUCUCAUCUCAUGGCUCAUGUGCUUCAGACACGCUCCCUGCCCUUCAAAGAAGCGCACAUCUCAGCGCUCAUCAGCUGCUUGCAGCAACUCUCCCCAGACUCACUCUCACAACAACGCUCUGGUUUCAAGAAUGCUCCCACUCUCACCACCGGUGCCUUGCCUGACACGGACAUCCAAGGAGGCAUGGGGCAGGCAUCGCUGUGGGAUCAUUUGAAUGGCCUCAAACUGGCACUGGCGAGAGAACUGAGUGCCAAGAUCAUGUUCCUGUGA